GUUUGAUAAAAAAUAACGAAGAAGAGAAAGAUGAAGGGGAAGCUGCGAAGCCCUAAUCCUAAGGAGCAUCAGCUCAACCCCAACUGGGAGCUGCUCCGUCAAAAGCUGAUAAAGAGCAAUGGCCCAAAGAAACAGUCCACCAGAAGCCAACAACAGAAAUCAGAACCAGAAUCCCAGAAUUCCAUUUUAGGGAAGCGUAAAGAGAGGCCAGUGACUGAGACUGAUGGUUCUAAGCCUAACCCAUUGAUCCCAAGCUCCUCUGAUUCCAGUGUCACAGAUGUUUUAGCCAUGGAUUGCGAAAUGGUCGGCGUCAGUUCUAUGGGAAACAAAAGUGCUCUUGGACGAAUUACACUGGUAAACAAAUGGGGCAAUGUUAUAUAUGAUGAAUAUGUCCGUCCAGUAGAGAAGGUUGUUGACUUCCGUACAAAAAUUAGCGGAAUUCGACCUCGUGAUCUGAGGAAAGCAAAGGACUUUAUUUCAGUUCAGAGGAAAGUGGCGGAGUUUCUCAAGGGAAGGAUUCUUGUUGGCCAUGCCUUGCACAAUGAUCUUAAGGCAUUGCUUUUAAGUCAUCCGAAGAAAGAUAUACGAGAUACAUCAGAGUAUCAACACUUUUUAAAAGAAGGGCGUAGCCGGGCACUUCGUUAUCUUGCAGCUGACUAUCUCGGGGUGGAAAUACAAAAUGGGGAGCAUUGCCCGGUAGAGGAUGCCAGGGCUGCAAUGCUCCUUUACCAGAAGCACAGGAAACAAUGGGAAAGGAGCAUUAAAGAUUUCAUUAGGCUCAAGAAAAAGCAGAAGAAAAGGAAACAGAAAUGUAAGACGAACGAAGGUGAUUCAGAUGUGUAGAAGUUGCAAGUGCUUCGCAGGCGGCAUCCGUCCUAUGCCAGCUGUAGAAUGUGUUUGAUGAUACUAAGAUGUCGUGACAACAGUUCAAGAAAUUACAAGAUGAGCAAGAGGUAAAAGCAUCAUCAGACACAAGGACUGAACCACCAAAAGGAUCCUAUUUUUCGAAUUGUUGCAGAUUUUUUCUAUGACUAAUAGAAGAUAGGAGUUUGCAUCUUAUUCUGAAUUGAGCUCCAAAGGCAACAGAUGCAGCAGUGUUCUUUUUGGUGAGCAUUUUUUUCCCCUUUCUUGGGGUACUCAUAAUGAGCGGAAGCCCAAUUAGAGUCAUUUAAAAAAAAAAAAAAACUUUUAAGAAGAAAAUGGUGGCUGAAUUUUCUAUAUAUAGUAUGAGAUAUAGUUGCACCAAUUGACAAAGGCAGGCAUGGUUGUAGUUCCUGUGAACUUUCUGAUAUCCCUCAUAGUUGCAAGUGUAUCCUCUCGAGGCAGCUUGCAGAAA